GAUUUUUUAUACAAAUUGAAAAAGUCAGCCCGCACUUAAAGACUUAUAUACACACGUUCUAAAACCCUUCAAUCCAUCAAACCAACCCCCAUCUCCCACAAUGCCCCCCUCCGGCCUCGCAAUCCUCCUCGGCGCCGGUCCCAACACCGGCGCCGGCAUCGCCCGCAUCCUCUCCCAUCCCUCCCACGGCAACCUCGCCGUCGCCCUCCUCGCGCGCCGCCCGGAGCCGCUGCACGCCCUCUGCACCUCUCUACGCCAAUCCAGCCCCGACGCGGUUCUCGAAGCCUUCCCCACCGACACGUCACCAGACGCGCUGAAGAAGGCGUUCGCAGAGAUCAAGCAGCAUGCAAGCUUCCAGGGGCUGAAGCUGCGCGUGGCGGUGUACAGCGUCAAGCAUAGUAGCCGGAAGCCGUUUAUGGAGGUGGGGUAUGACGAGUUCACGGAGAGCCUGGAGACGUAUGUCGGGGGUGCGUUUACGUUUGCGCAGGAGUCGUUGACGCGGUUUUUUGGGGAUCAUGGCGAGACGCCGCUUUCGGAGGGCGGAGAGAAGAAGGGGACCCUCAUCUUCACGGGCACGCUGGGCGCGCUCCGCUGCAGCGCGCAGUACGCCGCGUACGGCGCGGGCCGCGCGAGUGUGCGGCAGCUGGCGCAGACGCUGGCGCGGGAGAUGAGUGAGAAGGGGGUGCAUGUUGUGCAUACGAUUGCGAACGGGGCGAUUGAGGAUGAGGAGGGGCCGGACCAGAAGAGUGGGAGGAAGAUGAGUGCCGAGGCGGUGGGGGAGACGUAUUUGUGGUUGCAUCGGCAGCAGCCGUGUUUGUGGACGCAUGAGUUGGAUAUGAGACCGGCUUGUGAGAAGUUCUAGGGUAGGGGAGCGCUGGG